ACACAAAGAUUUUUGAUAUUAAUUUAAUUAUUAGAAUUUCUCUUUCUUCCCCGUCGAGACUUUUUGUUAUUCAAUUUGUUUUGCCAAAAAUCCAGUAGUCGCGUUGAGUCAUUGCAAAACCACCCCCAAAAACCUAAUUAUACACACACCUAUACAUACACACAGAUACAAUCAACUUCAACUCAGUUUUGAUCUGUUAUCUUUUUAAUUGCUGUUAAUUUCAAGAUUUAUAUACACAUAUAUAUAAUUUUACAGUAAUGGCAGGAACCGGAGGCUUCGCCGUGUCGCGGAGCCACGGAGGCGAUAGGUUUUACAAUCCACCGGCGAUGCGGCGGCACCAGCAGCUUUUAUUGCAGCAGCAACUUCAGCGGCCGGAAAAGUCGCCGGCGGCGGCGGCGGCGGUGGCGGCUGUGCCGGAGGCUGCGGAGGCGCAGAAGCGGAGUGAGUCGGAUGGUUCGGUAAGUGCAUUGUCGAAGAAGGCGUCUGAUUGCGGUUCUUCGGAGGCGAAGAAGGUGACAAAUGAGAGUAAUAUAGAUCGUUUGAUGGAGGCUGUGACUCCGAAUGUUGCAGCAAAGUAUUGUCCUGAGGUGAAUGGAAGGGGAUGGAGAAGUCGAGAAGCUGGUUUACGGCCAUUUUAUAACCUUGGUGAUUUGUGGGAAUCAUUGAAAGAAUGGAGUGUGUAUGGAGCAGGAGUGCCGAUGAUCAUCAAAGAAACUGACUCGGUAGUACAGUACUAUGUGCCUUAUUUGUCUGGUUUGCAGUUGUAUGCCGAUCCAUCAAAGCGUCCCGCUAAUAAUAGUGAAUAUGAAGCGGACAGGCGAAAACAUGUUGCAGAUGGUAGUCACCAAAAUGCUGUGAAUUUGAGCUCCCAAAAAAUGAAGAGUCUGUCGCUGAGAGACAAAUACCCUGUGAAUUCAUCCGGUGAAGAGGGUGGGAAUAGCAACUCCCCCGGGCUGCUUGUGUUUGAAUAUUUGGAAUACGAACAACCAUACUCUCGGAAACCUUUAACUGAUAAGAUUUUGAAUCUCGAAUCUCAAUUUCCGGAACUGAGUUCGUAUCGGAGUUGUGACCUGUUGCCUUCAAGUUGGAUUUCUAUAGCUUGGUACCCAAUUUAUAGAAUACCUAUGGGUUCAACACUAAAGGAUUUGGAUGCAUCUUUCUUAACGAUCCAUCCCCUUUCCACACAUUUCAAAAAUGGUGGUCAAUCACAGUCUCAUGGUUCCAGUUGUGUGGGAAAGGUCAUCAAUGCUAGCGCUGGAUCUUCAAAAAUUUCUCUACCAGUCAUUGGCCUUGCUUCUUACAAGUACAAAGGUUCAAUUCUGAGUCCCAGUGCCCCUCAAGAUUAUGAGCAUGAGAACUCACUUUUGGAAGCAGCAAACAGUUGGCUUCAGGGUUUGAAUGUUGCUCUCCCUGAUCUCCAAUUUUUUCGUUCUCAUUACUCACGGAGAUGAUAAUGCUUGGAAACUUUUUGGCAUUAUCUCCCUCCCUAAUGACAAAAGUUAAAGGUGUCAGUGUUUGGACUCCAGUAUUGGCAUGACCCUAUCAGCAACCAGCCAACUGGUUGAAUGUUGUGCUAUGUUGUUUAAGCCUUCUCUGUUCCUAUAUGUAAAAUUCUCACCAAAGCAUUGACUUACAAGAGAUUUAGGAAAAAUGCUUAUGCCUAAGAUAGGCUAUGCUUAAUGAGCCAGAAGGUAGGUAUGGCUGGCAGAUUUCACCAUUCCUUUUUCUGGGCUGUUAUGUUGCCCUGUUGUUUUGAAGCAGUGCCCUGAUGUAACCUGCAAGUAGGCAUCAGAUAUAGCCUCUGUUGUUUCAUUGUGGGCAGCUAAUACUGUUGCUGACUAUAGUAUACAGGUAAACUGCUGGCUUUACGGUCAGUCUCAAGAGAAUCUUGACCAUUAGUUCUGGUGAUAAUGACGGUAACUUGGAAUGAUCUGUAAUAUUAGUCUGCGUAUACAAACAUAUACAAAAUUACAGAAUAGGUUAUCUUUUUUUUUGAGGAAGGUUAUGCCCUCUGAAUGAGAAGUAUAAAGGAGUUGCAUAUA